AUGUCUUCUUCAGUAUGUUUGUAUUUCAUGAGGGGAUCAUGUCGACUUGGCAACCGUUGCCGGAACUCUCACGAUCUGGCAUCCAUCCGCUCCGACAACCCGUCUCAGAUUCAAGCGGAAUCUUCUUCUUCUGAUGAAAUCGGCUUUCCUAUGGCGACAAGGAGACAAACUACUACAAUGACUGCUUCAUCUAGUAGUAGUGCAUCUAGAACUAGCCAAAUAAAUCAAGUUCUUCCUAACACUGCAAUUAAGUCGCCGGAAAGUAAUAAAACAGCAACCCAAGGUAAGUGGAUGUUACAAAAUAAUUAUAUUGGGGAGACGAUAGAAAAUACUCCAGAUAGUUUGUUAGUAGAAACAACAAAAAAAUUAAAAGAAGCUGAAAAUUUAGUUAUAUCACUUCGUCAACAGCUGCGUAUUAAUGAAAAUAAUUUCUCUUGUAUGCGAGAUCAAAUGGAACAAUGCAUGGAAAUUAAUCUAAAAUGUAGUAUAUGUUACGAAAUAUUCAUCGAGCCAACUGUACUGAAUUGCGCUCAUACAUUUUGUCUUGAAUGCAUAGAGUCGUGGACUCGAAGAGCUAAUCACUGCCCAAUAUGUCGAGUUAUCGUAACAAAUAAAUCACACUGUCGAACUUUAGAUACCUUUUUGGACAAAAAAUCUGAAUGUUUAUCAUCUGAAAUAAAAACGAGGCGGGAAACUUUAAAAGUUGAACGUAAUAAUAAUACAGAUAAUCAAGACUCGUCCUUUGCAAACUUAGUUGAUGACGACAGUAUAAAAGAUAAUAUGAGUAGAGGAUGA